UCCAAACUAUAUCCAAACUGGCCAAGCCCCGGUGAAGAUAAUAAUUUUAAAAUACAUCAAUAUAAUAGUUAAUUACAUCAACCCGUGUCCCAUAUCAUUUGUCAUUUAAGUUGCUGUUAAAAUAGUACAAAAUUUAGUGUAUGCAUUUCUUUAAAAUCAUAGUAACUUACACGACUCAACAGUGCAGCAAACUCCAAUUAAUAAAGAAAAUAAUGGGAUCUGUGAAGAAGGGCCGAGAGUUUGCUAGCGAGUUUCACGGCAAUGAAAAAAUUGAUGGCGAGAAACUGAUUUAUCCUGCUGCUACAAGAAACCAAGAACCUAUUCUCCAAGUUUUGAAGAGGUUUGUUAUAUGUGAUGUGGACAGUAUUGAAGAUGACAGCCCUUUAUUCUUAGAGAUUGCCUCAGGUUCUGGUCAGCAUUUAGCACACUUUGCUCCAAAUUUUCCUGGAGUCAAAUUCCAGCCCUCGGAGUAUGACAAGAGUUUACUUGGAAGUAUUACAUACUAUGCAAACAAUUGUCCAACCAAAAAUAUACUCCAGCCAAUUCACAUUAAUAUUUGUGACAGUUUAUCAAGUCAUUUUGAGAUUAACAGCAUUGACUAUAUAUAUUGUGCUAAUAUGAUUCAUAUCAGCCCUUAUGAAUGUACUUUAGGGUUAUUUAAAAAUGCUGGCACUUUUCUAAAGUCAGAUGCACUAAUGAUAACAUAUGGCCCUUACAGCAAGGAUGGUGUAAUAACACCGGAGAGUAACAUCCAAUUUGAUGCUGGGCUGAGGGCCAGAGAUCCGUCUUGGGGACUCCGUGAUAUAACUGAUCUGAUUAAAUUAGGUGAAGAAAACAAUUUAUCUCUUAUAGACACAAUAGAAAUGCCAGCUAAUAAUAAAACACUUAUAUGGAAGAAAAAUUAACAACAAUUUCAACUUAGACUGUACUUUUGCAUUUAAAGUGCUAUAGUAAUUAGUACUGCAUUUACACUUAGAUUCAAACUUAUUUAUAAUUAUAACUGACAGCUUAGUGUAGAGAAAAUUUAUAUACUAUUGGCUGUAUUUAUAUGUAGCCAGGCAUACGGGACAUAAACAGAAAUUAUAAAUAGUUA